AUGGGGUGUAAGGAUCUCACUGAUGAGGGCAAUUUGCUGAAUGCUGCUGUAAUACUUGAUGUUGUUGCUGGCAAAUUGGCACUUGUAAAUAUGCCCAAUGAGCAGAUUUUACUGGACAUAUAUGGAGAAUGGGAAACGCUACGAUCACGUGAUACAGCUUAUUUCAAUAAGGAUGUAUUAUUCGGGAAUACGAUCCGAUCCAUGGUUAACCUCUUCGAUAGCUCAUUGCGUGAAAAGCCUCGAGAAGCUAGAAAGAUCCCGGAAACGAAGCUUUUGCCUAGUUUAACCACUAUUGUUGAUCCUACGACGAUCGUCUAUUAUAUGCGUGACGAUCUGGGCUACUUAAGAGAGGUGGACUUUGUGGCGUCAUACAAAAAAGAAAGAACCCCCUAA